AAGAUAGCUUGAAAUCAUCCAAAACAGUGAGAGAAAAAAAAUCAAUUUCCAAAUAAUUAUUAAUCUCUUCUCUUUAAGCUUUACAAUGUCUUGCUGUGGUGGAAACUGUGGCUGUGGCUCUUCUUGCGGCUGUGGCAACGGCUGUAAAGGAUGUGGGAUGUACCCUGACUUGGGAUUCUCAGAGGGCAGCGCCGGAGCUGAGGUUCUUAUUGCCGGACUUGCACCUGUUAACAACUUCUUCAUGAGGUCAGAGAUGAACAUGAGUGGUGAGAGUGGGUGCAAAUGUGGAUCAAGCUGCACCUGUGAUCCAUGCACUUGCAAAUGAAAAAUACCAUGUUGACGAUUAUGCCCCCAGCAAAGUAGUUGUUUAUGAUCCAUAAUGUUUAAUUAAUAAGUUAAUCCAUAUGUAUGAUUUGCUUUGCUGGUUCUUAAUUUAUGUGUUUUUGUGUACUGUUUUUGGAAGGAGAACUUUAAAUUGUAUUGGGAUUUAUAUGAGUGUUUAAUCUAAAUCUCCUUUCAUUUGUGGUGUGAA